UUCUAACAGUUCAAGGUUUUAUUUGCCCCUUCCUCUAAAUGUCUGGUCACUUCUUGUCUUAAACCAUUCUUGAACACUAAAAUGAAGCCCCUGGGGCCUUAAGUUACCCAUAAUCGAACACAUUUACAAUGAGAAAGUGAACUAGCAAACACACGUAGCAAUACAGUACCAAGAAAGGCCGUGGUAUGUAAAAUAUCGUAAAUAUUUAAUUUCACCUAAGGCUUCUGCCGAAGAAACUCAAUCUGAUCAGUGUUACAGUAGGAAGGACACAUUAGCAGACCGUAGAAAGUGAUUUUGUUAUCAAAUAUACAUUUUAUUAUAUCAAGUGAUUUUGUCAUAAACUAGUGCCAGUCAAGUGUAGUGAUGUCUUUUUUAAAGACAAAUAUCAAUUUGCUAGUGACAGUUUUUUGUCUCAUUCUUCUAGUCUUAGAUAUUAGUGGUCAAAAAGAUAAGUCAAAAGAUGAUGAAGAAUUCCGAUGUCCCGUGGAAAUAGGAACAGGAAAUUUUGCAGAUCCCAAAACCUGCAGGAGAUUUUAUCAGUGUGUCGAUGGAUAUCCGUAUUUAAACAGGUGCCCUUCCGGUUUGUUUUUUGAUGACAUAAGCAAAUUCUGUACCUUCAAGAACGAAGCAAGAUGCGGUCCUAUUGCUACAACACCUGCCCCAAUUACCGAACCACCCACAGAUUUAGCUGAAAAAUGCCAACCAGAUAAAUGUCAGCUGCCGUACUGCUUCUGCUCUAAGGAUGGUACAAUCAUUCCCGGAGGAUUGGAUCCAAAAGAGACUCCACAAAUAAUUCUUCUUACUUUUGAUGGUGCCAUUAAUCUUAAUAACUACGAGCAUUACAAAAAAGUGUUUUCUAAAGGUAGAAAAAAUCCCAACGGUUGCGGAAUCAAGGGCACCUUCUUUUUAGCCCACGAAUAUGGCAACUAUCAUAUGGUUCAAGAAUUAGCCAGUAAAGGUCACGAAAUGGCAACUGAAACUAUUUCAUUGCAAAAUGGUCUCGAAGACAAGGGGUACGAAGAAUGGGUGGGUGAAAUGAUAGGAAUGAGAGAAAUACUAAGGCAUUUCGCCAAUGUUUCAAAAACUGAAGUGGUUGGGAUGAGAGCCCCUUUCCUCAAACCUGGCAGAAAUACGCAAUAUAAGGUUUUGGAAGAUUUUGGAUAUAUUUAUGAUAGUUCGCUGGGAGUACCGGCCGUCCCUAUACCAGUAUGGCCAUAUACUUUAGAUUAUAAAAUUCCUCAUGAAUGUAAAUCAGGAACAUGCCCAACUAAAUCCUUCCCAGGCGUUUGGGAAAUACCUUUGAACGCUCACUACGUAGAAGGUUUUGAAGGAGGACACUGUCCUUAUUUGGAUCAAUGUGUUCUCAACAAUUUUGACGCCGACGAUGUAUUGCAAUGGCUACAGGAAGACUUUAGCAGACACUACGAUCAAAAUAGGGCACCUUACAUGAUGGCUUUUCAUACCAAUUGGUUUUCUAUUAAAGAAUUAGAGAAAGGACUUCAGAAAUUUUUGGAUUGGGCAGCUGCAUUACCAGAUGUAUGGUUUUUGACUGCUACCCAAACAUUAACUUGGAUGACCGAUCCAAAACCGCUUAAGCAACUCAACAAUUAUGAGCCGUGGAGUUGUGCAAGUAAAAACACCUACCCUCCACCGCCAUGUUCAAAUCCAAAUAAAUGCGGUCUUGCAUUUAAACCAUCUGGUUCUAACAUAACCGAUGUCAGGUAUAUGACAACUUGUCAAGAUUGCCCUAAUAAAUAUCCAUGGAUAGGCGACUCAGAAGGUACAGGAAUUCCAGGACGAGAUAAUUACAUACCUGAUAAUGUAAAGAAAUAAAAUUUACAGUAUUUUUAGGCACCUAUCAUUUUUAUUCUGCAUAUUCAACAUUAUAAUUGUGAACCAAAAAUUAAAUUUACUCGUUAGGUGAGCAAAUUAGUGGUUUGAUUGCAAACCAUGUCAGUAUAAUUUUUUAUAGUAAUAAAUUAUUUUUACAUACGUA